UCAAAAUGGCGUCCUUGUCUCGCAGUCGUCCAUCGAUUUCUUCUUUACGUAGAUGCACGAGUUUAUUAUUGGUACAAUCGAAGAACCAUAUAGUUCAAUCGGCUAAAUGCACGAGAACGAUAUGCUGUGCUGACUCUUUGCAAGCCACCAAAACUAGUGUUGUUCAGGCUGUCAUGAAGAGAUUCAGUUCACAUAUCUCAAAAAAUUAUCAAGAAAAAUUUCCACCAGUCCUUGGCUGCAAUGUUCUAUCAGUGAUAGCCACAGAAAACCUUGUUGGCUCAAGUGAGCUUGAAGAGGGUGCAGACAGUGAAGAUGAAGCUACGAGUGGAAGAAAACGUAUAAGAUAUACGCAUCCCCUGGAUGAUGUUCCAUAACUGUAGCUGUGAUUCUACUUCAAAAAUAAAAAUUCCCCAAGCACAUAGCUUUUUAUAAUUUACUCUUUAUAAUUUACUAGGUCAUCUGCACCUCAGGUAUCCCCUGGAUGUUCCACAACUGUAGCUGUAAUUCUACUUCAAAAAAAAAAAGUUCCCCAAACACUUAACUUUUUAUAAGUUACUUUUAUAAUUUAUUAUAUCAUCUGGACCUAAGUAUGACUGUGGUGUAACAUCUUUGAGCAAAAUUACUUUUGAUUAAACCAAUGCUAAAAUGUUUCAUGUGUCUACAGAUGCAAAACAGCUUGUAUAACUUGUGGUUUUGUCAGAAAAAUAAAAUUACAGAAAUUUAACACUA